UUCCCGUCAUGAGAGCCAAAGGGAAAGGAAAGUGCUUUAUAUUCUCUAUAAUCUGCUCCUUAAGCCUUGGGAGUUUAACAAGCCUGAGUGGAUAAAGGAGGAAGUUUGGGGGGUUGUGGUUUUUUUGUACUCUGCACUGAAGGUUUGGUUGAGCCGGGAAGAAAUGGGAGAAAAGAUGGAAAUGAUUCCAGUGUCUCCAGCUGCCGAGCGCCUCCGCUACAUCCUGGGGGAAGACGAUGAGCCUCCCAACCCCACGCUCUUCACGGAGAUGGACACACUGCAGCACGAUGGCGAGGAGAUGGAGUGGAAAGAGUCGGCCAGGUGGAUAAAGUUUGAAGAAAAGGUGGAGGAAGGCGGGGAGAGGUGGAGCAAGCCCCACGUGUCCACGUUGUCCUUGCACAGCCUGUUUGAGCUGCGGACGUGUCUACAGACAGGAACAGUGCUCCUGGACUUAGAUGGCUACUCUUUGCCCCAAAUCAUAGAUGAUGUCAUUGAGAAGCAGAUCGAGGAUGGUCUGCUCAAGCCAGAGCUGCGGGAGAAGAUAAGCUAUGUGCUCCUCAGGAAGCACCGUCACCAAACCAAGAAGCCAAUCCACCGGUCCUUGGCUGACAUUGGAAAGUCCGUCUCCUCCAACACAACCCGCAGCCCUGUCCGGAGCCCGGCCGCUGGCGCUGCCUUCCACCGCUCCACCGAGGACCUGCGGAUGCGGCAGAGCGCGAGCUACGGCCGCCUGCGUCACGCGCAGAGUAGGAGCAUGAAUGACAUCUCGGACACACCAAGCACGGACCAGCUGAAGAACAAGUUCAUGAAGAAGAUCCCCAAGGAUGCGGAGGCGUCCAACGUGCUGGUGGGAGAAGUGGAGUUCCUGGAGAAGCCCUUUGUGGCUUUUGUGCGGCUCCUCCAGGCGACGAUGCUGGGAGGGGUGACAGAGGUGCCCGUCCCCACCAGGUUCCUUUUUAUUCUCCUUGGUCCUGCGGGAAAAGCCAAAUCCUACAACGAGAUCGGCAGAGCCAUUGCAACUCUCAUGGUGGAUGAUCUCUUCAGCGACGUUGCCUACAAAGCCCGGGAUAGAGAAGAUCUGAUUGCCGGCAUUGAUGAGUUUCUGGAUGAAGUCAUUGUCCUGCCACCCGGCGAGUGGGACCCCAACAUUCGGAUCGAGCCACCCAAAAAAGUGACCUCGGCUGAGAAGAGGAAAUCAGUUUUCUCACUGAAUGAAGUGGGGCAGAUGAAUGGCACAGCCGGCGGGGCAGGCGCCGGGGCCAGUGGAGGAGGCAGCGACGAUGGGGAGAUGCCUGAAGUUCAUGAAAUCGGGGAAGAACUUGCAUGGACCGGCAGGUUUUGUGGUGGCCUCUAUUUGGAUAUCAAGAGGAAGCUGCCCUGGUUCCCAAGCGACUUCUAUGAAGGCUUUCAUAUCCAGUCCAUCUCUGCCAUCUUGUUCAUCUACCUGGGCUGCAUCACCAACGCCAUCACGUUCGGGGGCUUGCUUGGGGAUGCUACGGACAACUACCAGGGUGUCAUGGAAAGCUUCCUCGGCACAGCGAUGGCAGGCUCCAUGUUCUGCCUCUUUGCUGGGCAGCCGCUCAUCAUCCUCAGCAGCACUGGCCCCAUCCUCAUCUUCGAGAAGCUGCUCUUUGACUUCAGCAAAGGCAAUGGCAUUGACUACAUGGAGUUUCGCCUCUGGAUCGGCCUCCACUCUGCCCUCCAGUGCCUUAUCCUGGUGGCCACCGAUGCCAGCUUCAUUAUAAAGUACAUCACCCGCUUCACAGAGGAAGGCUUCUCCACCCUCAUCAGCUUCAUCUUCAUCUACGAUGCCAUCAAGAAGAUGAUUGGAGCCUUUAAGUACUACCCCAUCAAUUCGGACUUCAAGCCAGACUACGUGACCAUGUACAAGUGCGAGUGCAUUGCUCCCGACCCAGCCAAUGCGACCUUGUUCAAUGCUUCAGCUCCAGUGGCACCAAACACCACUAAUGUUUCUCUGUACAAUGCUAUUAACCUCACAGCUCUGGACUGGACUCAGCUCAGUAAGAAGGAAUGUCUCAAAUAUGGCGGCAGCUUAGUGGGAAAAUCCUGUAAAUUUGUGCCCGACCUGGCCCUGAUGUCCUUCAUCCUCUUCUUCGGGACCUACUCCAUGACCUUGACCCUGAAGAAAUUCAAGUUCAGCCGCUAUUUCCCCACCAAGGUCAGGGCUUUCAUUGCUGAUUUUUCCAAUGUCUUCUCCAUCCUGAUCUUCUGCGCAGUGGAUGCCUGUUUUGGACUGGACACCCCUAAGCUCCACAUCCCCAGUAUCAUCAAGCCCACCCGUGUGGACCGAGGGUGGUUCGUGUUUCCCUUUGGGAAGAACCCGUGGUGGGUUUACCUGGCGAGUGCCCUGCCCGCCCUCCUCGUCACCAUCCUCAUCUUCAUGGACCAGCAGAUCACAGCCGUCAUCGUCAACAGGAAGGAGCACAAGCUGCGGGGGGUGCAUCACCGGGGAACCCCCACCUUGCUGGUCUCCGGGGUGAACACAGGAACAGCUUCCCAAGCCGUGUUGCCCCCCCUGCCCCUCCCGGGUGCUGUGUUGCAGAAAGCUGCGGGCUACCACCUGGACCUGUUCUGGGUGGGCAUCCUCAUGGCCGUGUGCUCCUUCAUGGGGCUGCCCUGGUACGUGGCGGCCACCGUCAUCUCCAUCGCCCACAUCGACAGCCUGAAGAUGGAGACGGAGACCAGCGCCCCGGGGGAGCAGCCCCAGUUCCUGGGUGUCAGGGAGCAGAGAGUGACGGGCAUCAUCGUCUUUGUACUGACAGGGAUUUCUGUCUUCCUGGCCCCUAUCCUGAAGUACAUCCCCAUGCCGGUGCUGUACGGAGUCUUCCUCUACAUGGGCGUCGCGUCGCUGAACGGCAUCCAGUUUUGGGACCGCUGCAAGCUCUUCCUCAUGCCAGCCAAGCACCAACCCGACUACGUGUUCCUCCGGCACGUGCCGUUGCGUCGCAUCCACCUCUUCACACUGGUGCAGAUCAUCUGCCUGGCUGUCCUCUGGAUCCUCAAAUCCACCGUGGCUGCCAUCAUCUUCCCCGUCAUGAUUUUAGCCCUGAUCCUGGUGAGGCGGCUGCUGGAUUUUGUCUUCUCUCAACAUGACCUCGCCUGGAUUGACAACAUCAUCCCCGAGAAGGAGAAGAAGAAAGAGGACGACAAGAAAAAGAAGAAAAAAGGCAACAAAGGAGACAGCAGCAGCGAUGAGGAGUUCCCACCUCCCUCAGUCAUUAUGAUCCCUAUGGAGCCCCUGCCAGCGCAGCCCCGAAACGGGGGUCCCCAUUGCCUCAGCCGAAAGAGGUCCUCCACCUGGAGCUUUGCGUUCUGAUUCCUCCCCGAAUGGUUCAGACCUGGAUCGCAGCAUUACACUUCACCUGAAGAUUUCAUGCCCAUCAUCUCCUGCCUUUAACUACUCCCGAAGCCCCAUCUGCGCCGUGCCCCAGGUGAAGAUAGAGAUGGAGUCAGACUAUGAGGACACUGACACUGAGAAACAACCUCGGGACAUGGGCAGUGAGACCACGCUAUAACCCCACGCUGCACUCCCUCUGCCAUUUAUAUAUGUAUAUAGAUACGUCUAUAUUCAUAUAUAUAUAUAUGUAAAGCAAAUUGAGCCUAUUUUUCUACGUGAGAAGGAGGAGACUGGUGGCCCCAGGGGGUCCGUUGCUCUGGUAGCUUUUAGUGUCAUGGGUUAAAUGUGGUGUGGAAUUUCCUCUCUUUCUUCUGGGCAAAGGCAUCCCUACUGGUGGUGAAAUGGGGCUGAAUAGGUGGAAUCAGAGAUUUUUGGCCUCUACUCGCCCCAGGGCUGGAAAAGCUGAUGAUGGCCAGGGCUGUGGGAGCAUCCAGGAUGUAUGUGUGGCUGAUGGGGAAGGGGUGAUGGUUUUGAGGUGGGGUUUUGGGGUGGGGAGGAGGUUUGCAUGGCUUGAGAAGGAAGAAGGAGCGUGCAUCCCUGCUCCCCAAUCCUGAAAUCACAACGCAGCUCUUGGGGAGUCUUGUUCCAUGAAGGGGAUGGUGUAUCAAGCUUUGUGUGGGCAGGAGGCCACCGGUCCAGGCCAUGGCAAUGGGAACCCCUUCCUGUGGCACAGCAUUCCCAGUGUAGCAGGGAUGCGGGAAGGACCCAGCAGUGCCCACGUCGAGGUGGAUGUGGAUGAGGAGGCCUGACAGGGUCAGAAAGCAGCUGUGGCCUGGUAAGGAAAGGAGGAAAAGCAGCUUGGGUUUAAGGUUGUUGCUGCUUGAAGGCAGCACCACUGGGGCUACAGCGGGAAAGCAGGGCAGGGAAUGGGGCUUUGGUUUCCACAGGGAAUCCGGAAUGGUUUCUGCUGGAAAGUGGGAAUGGUGGCUGCAGUGAAGCUGUUUGGUCACCCAUGCCCACAUCCUCACUGCAGCAAUCCCUGUCCCUGGGGUUGGUAUUGGUUCUAUCUCUUCCUCCAACGAUCAGGAUCAAGACAUGUCCAAGCUGUUAUCCCACUGAUGACACAUCCCUCCUCCCCAUGCUUUCAGGGCACAUCCAGCAGCUCCCUGGUUGGUCUCCAUUGGCAUUUUGGCUCCACAAAGGGCUCUUCCCACCUACCGCUGCCUUUGGGUCCUCCAGGAAAGGAAGGGAAGGAGUAGGUCAGGAGCUGGCACAGGCACUGAGCUCAGGUUGGCACUGCCCAAAUCUCACCCCCUUUAUCCAGCAGCAUCAGGGUGGUGAUGAGGCUCUUAAAGGGGUUUUUUCCUUCCAUGGGCUAAGCCAGAACCACUGGUCUGAGGAACCCCCUCAAAUCCAUUUCCUCUACUCUUGGAAUCUUUAUUUUUCCUCUAUUUCAAACCUCAGAGAGCCCCAACGCUUCCUCUGAGCAGAAACAGCCUCCCUGCUAUUUAUACCAGUCAUACGGGGGGGCUGGGACCCCAGUUAAAUAUUUCAACUGGUCUGAACCUUGGGCAGAUCCUGGUUCUCUGUGAAUAGCUGAGUCCAGCAAAGACUUGAAGGCAAUUUCCUAUUUAUAGCCAUUUUUGUUCUGGUUCAGGUGCACCUCCUGGCGAGAUGUGGCAAGAUAAAUAACUCAGUAUUACUCCUGGCACUACUUAAAGCAAGAGCCACGUAGCUCUGACGUUAAAGAACUAUUUCAACUUGAGCACAUCGUGUCUCUUGUGUAGCAUUUUUGUACUCCUGUGUGGUAGCUGAAGCGUGGUACAGGUAGAAUUAAGAUCUUAAUCAACCAGGUUAAUUUGCUUUAUCCAGUCCAUCAGUUCAACUACAAAAUACCCCCAGAAAGGCUUUGUGGACUCUGGUAGAUGGUUCCUAGAGCACAGCUGAAGCCACUCCAGCAUCCAGCUUGACUGAAUUGGUCCAUUUUACAUGGUUCACACAUGGUUUAAUACUUUUUGUAUAUGAAAAAGUGGAGCAUUUCAGACUUACCCCAUUGUUGCUGUACCACUGUAGUCAUUUUGUAUUUGUCGGUGAUACAACCCAAUAAACCUCGUUUCAAUGA